GUUUCAAAUCACUCCCUUUUCAAUAAAUAUAUAUAUUUGGAACCUAAAUAUUAAUAGUGAAACUUCGAUUAGGCCGCUCAUGUAUAAAACAAGAAGGAUUUUUGGCUAAACGAUGAAUUGAGAUUAGCUAAAGGUCUAAAUUAAAAGUAUAAUUAAUAGGUGAAUGUGAUGAUCUAGAUCUCACCCACCAGCCAGGCUGAUAGAUCCACUCACACCACCUCUGGCUUUGUGAUCCAACCAAGUCUACUAAUUAUUUAACAAUUUAACCUUGUUAUUAUCUUCUUCUCCAUUGAGUUUUUCCAGUUUUCACAGCCGUAGGGAAACUGCAUUUGUGUAUGAAUUAAUUCAUUCUCUCUUGCUCUUUAUUUUCCACUAGAAAGUUUCACUCUUCUUCGUGGAAAGAAGGAUUGGCAUUUUAAGGAAAAUUACAACAACUAUUCACAAAUUUGAAGAUGAAAGCAAGCUGGACAGUUGGUGGAUUUAACAUGCUUGCAGCUGACUAAUGGAUUUUCCAAAUUUGAUCUACGUAACAAAUUUUUCUAUUUUUCGAUGGCCUCAAAACCCAACGUUGCAACUUCCCCAGAAAAGCUGAGAAAUGGUAAUCAGACACCAGAAGGAAAGUCUCGCAGGCCCUCACCUUUACAGAUUACAAAGACAAGCAAAUCUGAGCCGGUCACCCCCAGAAAACCACCUCAAAGUGCACAAGUUGCAUCAAAACAGGUUUCUGUAGGGACAACCGAGGACAAGAAAUCACUGAUUUCUCACAAAUCAGACAAUGUCAAUUCUUUAGUUGAUAAGGUAUCUUCAGGUUUGGAAUUUGUUGAUCCAAAACAAGGGCCAACUUCUGCUGGUUCCAAAGUGAGUGAGACUAGGGACUCACCAGAGGGCACUGCUGAUCAAGAAAGUAAAAGUUUACAGAAUGAAAUUGACCCUAGCUCUGCUAAGGUAAUUAGUGAUGGGACCAGUAGCCUUCUAAAGACUAGUGAAAAUGCCAAAGUUAGUGAACGAGCUGAUUUUGUUGAGAGUGGAAAAAGCAGUGUGAACAGAGGGAGCACAAGCACUGAUGUCAGUGAUGAGAGUACUUGUAGCAGUUUGAGUAGCAGUGUCAAUAAACCUCACAAAGCCAAUGAUAUGCGAUGGGAAGCUAUACAAGCUGUACAUGCAAAAGGUCUAUUGGGUGUGAACCAUUUCAGAUUGCUAAAGAUGUUGGGCUGUGGGGAUAUUGGAAGUGUGUAUCUUUCAGAAUUGAGUGGAACAAAGUGUUAUUUUGCAAUGAAAGUUAUGGAUAAAGCAUCUUUAGCAAGUAGGAAGAAACUUCUACGAGCUCAAACAGAGAGAGAAAUACUGCAGUGUUUGGACCAUCCCUUCCUUCCAACUUUAUAUACCCAUUUUGAGACUGAUAAGUUCUCGUGUUUGGUUAUGGAGUUUUGCCCUGGUGGUGACUUGCACACUCUUCGACAAAGGCAGCCAGGAAAGCAUUUUUCUGAGCGGGCAGUAAAGUUCUAUGUAGCAGAGGUUCUUCUUGCUCUGGAAUAUCUCCAUAUGCUUGGAAUUAUUUACCGUGAUCUCAAGCCGGAAAAUGUUCUUCUCCGUGAAGAUGGACAUAUAAUGCUUUCUGAUUUUGACCUUUCCCUUCGUUGCACAGUGAGCCCAACAUUAGUCAAGUCUUCAGCACCUGAAGGCGAACGCUUGCGGAAGAACCCAGCUUACUGUGUUCAGCCUGCUUGUAUUGAGCCAUCUUGUAUCCAGCCCUCAUGCGUGGCGCCUACUACAUGUUUUUCCCCUCGACUCUUUUUAAGCAAAUCCAGGAAAGAUCGAAAACCAAAGAAAGAAAUGGGGAACCAAGUCACCUCAUUGCCAGAGCUUAUUGCAGAGCCGACUGAUGCACGUUCCAUGUCCUUUGUAGGAACACAUGAAUACCUAGCCCCUGAAAUUAUCAAGGGUGAAGGGCAUGGAAGUACUGUAGAUUGGUGGACUUUUGGCAUCUUUCUAUACGAGUUACUCUUUGGUAAAACUCCAUUCAAGGGAUCAGGGAACCGUGCCACCCUCUUCAAUGUCGUGGGUCAGCCGUUGCGAUUUCCUGAGUCACCAGUUGUCAGUUUCUCAGCAAGAGAUCUGAUACGGGGCUUGCUAGUGAAAGAGCCACAACAUAGAUUGGCCUAUAAACGAGGAGCUACUGAGAUUAAACAACAUCCAUUCUUUGAAGGCGUAAACUGGGCAUUGAUUCGUUGCGCUAGCCCACCUGAGAUUCCUAAGCCGCCUGAGAUAGAGCGGAUUCCAGCUCCACCAUCAACAAGUGGAAAAGGUGCACCACCUGCUGUUCUUCCAGAGCAGAAUAAUUAUUUGGAAUUUGAUUUCUUUUAGCUGUCCUCCUUUUUGCUUUUGCUUUUGUUUUUGUUUUUGCACCCUCUUCUUGCACUACACCCAAUAUGUAGAGUCUGUAGAACAUUGAAGCUGUGGAAAUUAGGGUUUUUUGAAUUGAUAAUAGUCAUCUUGUUACUAAACAUUUUCAUAUUUGUAUCGAAGGAAGUUGAAUAUCUGAAAUUGUGAAUCCUGUGAAUGUAUUACAUUUUGGCUUCUUUAUAUGCUGAAUUCAGUCACGGUAACUGAUUAUCUCAGCGGU